AAGGGCGCAGCGCCGCAACAGCUGAUGAGCUUACUUUAAAGGGACCGCACUAGGACACUGAUAAAAGCCUACAUUGUCGGACCACUUAAUGAUCAGCAAUAGUUAAGUUAGUACAGUAGCGCGCCUGAAAGCGACGAGAUGAAUUCGGCAGUCACGCGCGCGGUCUGCAAGCUCCUGCGGGCACCGAAUGCCGCGGGAAUGGUAGUGCGAAAACUUCACGGCAAGCCACCGACGACUUCGGGUGUCAUCAAACAGUUGAGCAAGCGUUCCAUCGUGAUCGAAGCUCAGGCAAAGUCUGCCGAGACCAAGCUUCUGCAGCAACUCAGGUCUCGAAUACUGGCGACGGGACCCAUCACCGUUGCUGAAUACAUGAAAGAAGUGUUGACCAAUCCGAUGUCCGGGUACUACAUGCAUCGGGACGUUUUUGGCAGUUCGGGUGACUUCACGACGUCACCGGAGAUCUCUCAGAUGUUCGGAGAGCUAGUGGCCGUGUGGUUUCUCAACGAAUGGGUCAAGGCCGGAAAGCCGAAGCCGCUUUACAUUGUGGAGCUGGGCCCCGGACGCGGUACUCUGUCUGAUGACAUGCUACGGGUGUUCUCCAAGUACAGCGAUGCCAUGGAAGUUGUGUCCUUGCACCUGGUCGAAAUCAGCCCGCACCUGAGCCAAGUGCAGGAGCUCAAGCUCUGCGGAACUGUCAGCGUCGUGAAGGACGUGUUUGAACACAACCCGGUCACCCUACGUCUUCCAGUAAAGAAAGACACCGAAGAGGCCACUUACAAACACAGCAUCACCAAGCAUGGCGUUCCUGUCGGCUGGUACCGUCACUUACAUGAUGUGCCGCACGGGUUCUCAUGCUUUAUUGCCCACGAGUUCCUGGAUGCGCUUCCCGUCCACAAGUUCCAGCGCACCCCCGAAGGAUGGCGGGAGGUUUUCAUAGACCUGGACGAUGGGCCGGGUCCACACCACUUGCGCUAUGUGCUUUCCCGUGGACCUACUCCGGCAAGCUUCUUUGCCAAUGUGACAGGCGAAAAGCGGGACCACGUCGAAGUCUGUCCGGAGGCUGGUGUCAUUGUCCAGGAGCUUGCACACCGCAUGGACGAACACGGAGGCUGUGGGCUUAUUGUAGACUACGGGCACGAUGGUGAUAAGACAGACACUUUCCGGGCAUUCAAGAACCACGCCCUUCAUCCUGCACUGUCCGAGCCGGGAACGGCAGAUUUGACUGCGGACGUCGACUUCUCUUAUCUGAGACGGAUUCUCAAGGACAGAGCAUUGACAUUUGGGCCAAUUCCCCAGGGAGAAUUCCUCAGAAACAUGGGCAUCAACAUACGCCUGGAGAAACUCUUGGCCAACUGUCCCCCCGAGGCACGGCAGGACUUGCUGACCGGCUACGAGAUGCUCACGAAUCCGGAGAAGAUGGGAGAGCGGUUCAAGUUCUUCGGCAUCUUUCCAAAGGACAUGCAGGACACCCUGAGCACCAAUCCUCCGGCAGGAUUCUUUGCCCCUUCGUAAGAGUCUCGCAAGGACACCUACGGGGUUUUACUACUACUUUAGCGGCAGGGUACGUCCGCAUGUGCUGACCCUCUCAGGAACUGCAUACUUCGUCUCGAAAUGUCGAUAUUGGCCGCAGUUGGCACGAUGUCGAACUACAUUUUGCCAUUAUCGAAUCUUCGUGAAAUGGUCCAGCGAAUGCCAUCAUUCCUCCGUUGAACAAAACGGAUUGCAGUCCUCGUCUUAGCAGUUCCUCUUAAACUUCACGCUUUGACCAUCUAAAUAACAAAAGCAGCAGCACUUGCAUUCUGAUAGCGUAUUCCAAGCUCGAACAGACAGUGUGAGAGGGAGCAGACCUAAGGCAUACCUUAUAUUUUAUACUUUUUUUUAUGCAAUACCAUGACAUCGUUAUGUGGCUGAGUCAUGCAUGAUAUAGCUUCUUAGUCAUUUCAUCUAGUGCCAAUAUUGUCCUUGUGUUCAUUUCCCCUAACAGAAUAGGGUUGCGAAGGCUCGUAUUGGCAUUGCAUAUUCUUUAGUUUUGGUGGGCAUUUACUCUAAACUACUUCAAAGGCACGUCCAAUACCACCAGUGUUCCACUUGGUAGUGGUGUGUAGCGAAGCCGAGAAAGUGUGAUGGUCAGACAGUUUGUGCGCGGCAAGAGGGGCAGUCGAUGGUAAAAAGAAUAGUAAUCUUUAAUAUUUCGAGAAGGCUCACACUUGGUUCAAUCCCUCCGUGCAGAGUAUAUAUUCCCAUUCACCGAGCCAGCAAAACAGUAGCUGGAAGUUUUAUACGAUUGCGCAAAAUAAAAACGAAAUGCCUUACACCUUGA